AUGAGGUGCCAUGGGUUGUCUUACACGGACAAAUACAAAGACCCCGAUCGCUUUCAAGAAAUCAUCAUGGAUAUCCGGGAUACAAAUUUUGAUGUUGAUGGACAGUGGUUAUUUAAGAACUACGCGUUAAGUAGAUUCGGUAAACGAGGAGUAGACCAACAACCAACUGACGGAGACAACUCACUGAGACGUGCUCUCGUUCUCCGAGAACCAUUUUCCGUCGUGUGUCACGGGGACUUCAACCGGAACAAUGUGUUGUUCCGGUACGACGAGGCGCGACAUCUGGUCGAUGUGUUGCUGUUUGAUUUCGGGACUACUCCUUAUGGUUCGCCGACGUUAGACCUAUCGUUUUUCUUCUACAUGAACACGACGCAAGACUUGCGUGAAAGUCGGUGGGAUGACUUACUGAACCCAUAUUGCUUGACUUUGGCGGAAUCCGUACCGUCCGGCGUACGUGUUCCGAACAGUGCCGAACUGAACUCCGAAAUGGCCAUGUAUACUUAUUAUGGCUUUGCACACGCAUUAUUUUACUUACAUCAUCAAUUAGAAACGAAUGCCAUUGAGUUAUCAAGUUCAAAGGAAAUUAACGAUGAAGAUGUUUUGGAGUUAUAUUUAGAGGUGGGCGGUGACAUUGGGUCGGAUAUACUGGCUGACAUGGUCCAACACAUCGUCGACAUGGAGUACACGAACCAGUAUUUUAAAGAGCUAAUAUUGAGAACUAUAUAA